UCUCUCUGUGGUGUCAGCUGCUUUCGGCCCUUCUCGCUCAAGGCAUUUCAGGUUUUCCUUCCAGGACUGUGUGGGCUGGAAAAGGAUAUGAAAUGAACCACUUUAGGGGAAGCGUGACCUUCGAGGACGUCAGUGUGAACUUUUCGCAGGAAGAAUGGCAGUGGCUGACCCCCAGGCAGAGGCGUUUGCACAGGGAUGUGAUGCUGGAGAACUACAGCAACGUGGUCUCCCUGGCCCAGCACGGCUGCCAGGGCCAAGAGGAAGCCAGCAAACCUGAGGUGAUCUUGAGGCUGGAGCGCGGAGAAGAGCCCUGGACGGUGGGAGACAAGGGGCUGAGCAGCAGCGGACGAGCAUGUGUUUGGAGGCUCCAGGCAGUGGAGGAAGAUCUCAAGAGGGACGCUGCAUCAUCGAUCAAGAACACAGCAGUGACCAAGCAAAAAGGCGUUGAACACGAAGAAACACUUCCUCCAAGCAGAGAUGACACUACUUCAAGUCCCCCACUCGUAGACCAUGACCCAUUUGGGAGAGAUCUGGAACAGAGUGUGGGUAUGAAAAGCUGUGUAAAAAACAACUCCCGUGAAUCUAAGAGAUACAGGAAAUUGGUUGGCCAUAAUGCAUCCAAACUGGGAGAGAAACAAUUUGAAUGUGAUUUCUGUAGAAAGCUAUUCAGUUCCAAAUCAUGCCUUCUGAGUCACCUGCGGAUGCACGCUGGGGAGAAAGCCUUUGAAUGCAGCAAAUGUGGAAGAGCCUUCGGAAAGCAGUGGAAGCUCAGUAAGCAUCAGAAAACUCACACGGAGGAAAAGCCCUACGCAUGCAGUGAGUGUGGAAAAGCCUACAAGCAGAAGCUCAAUCUCAUCCAGCAUCAGAAAAGUCACACUGAAGAGAAGCCCUAUAAAUGCAAGACCUGUGAGAAAGGCUUUUUCUGGAAGUCAUGCCUCAUUAAUCACGAGAAAACGCAUAACGCCAAGAAAGCCUAUGAAUGUAAUGAAUGUGGCAAAUCCUACAAGCAGUAUGCGACCCUCUUUCAACAUAAAAAAAUCCACACGGGGCAAAAACCCUAUGGGUGUAAGGACUGUGCAAAAACGUUCAUUUACAAGUCAGACCUUGUGAAACACCAGAGAAUACACACGGGAGAGAAACCCUAUAAAUGUAGCAUAUGUGAAAAGGCCUUUUCCCAGAAGUCAAAUGUCAUUGAUCAUGAGAAAAUUCAUUCUGGAGAGAGAGCUUAUGAGUGUAAUCUGUGUGGCAAUACCUUCAUCCAGAGGAAAAAUCUCAUUCAACAUAAGAAAAUCCAUACCGGAAAGAAACCCUUUGAAUGUGCUAGAUGUGGCAAAGCUUUUUUUCAGAAGUCAAACCUUCACAGUCAUCAGAAAAUUCAUGUUGGAGAAAGAGUCUAUGCAUGUAAUGAAUGUGGAAAAUCCUUUAGCCGGAAGCUAAACCUCAGUUUGCAUAAGAAAACGCAUAGUGGACAAAAACCUUACAAAUGUUCCGAGUGUGGGAAAGCCUUUGCUGACAAGUCAUAUCUUCUGAGACACCAGAAGAGAAUUCACAGCAAAUAAGAGUCCCAUAAAUUUGAAAAAUGUGAGAAUGCCUUCAUUUAUUGUAGAGUGUAGUAGUCACCCAGGAAUUUAUACUGAAAUGCUUUAUAAUUUGAAGGCUAUUUCUGAAGCAGUGAAGACUUUUUUUUUUUUUUUUUUAAGAUUCAUUUGUCUAUUUGAAAGUUACAGGGAGGCAGAGAGAGAGAGAGAGAGAGAGAGAGAUCUUCCAUCCGCUGGUUCACUCCCCAAAUGGCCUCAACAGCCAGAGCUGUGCUGAUCCAA